UUUAAAUGGUGUGUGUGUGUUUGUAGUGCCGCGCCAAAAACAAAUUAUAAUUAAUUAAAUACUACUGCACAAAUAUGCAUGUCAACUGUUAUGCAGCAGCGCCUACAAUUGGAGUUAUAACAACAACAACGAUAAUAACAGAAGCAGCGAGAACAAGAACAACAACAACUGCAGCAGCAGCAGCGGCACUAAUGUGCUGAAGGCGGUGCCUUGGAUAAUACCCAUAUAUAUAUUCCGUAACAAUGUGACACAACAGCUUAGAACACAAAGGAAGUUUAAACGCAGUGGAACAACGAGCACGUUUUUUUUUUUUUUUUGUGAUACUGUACUUCGAGCCGUAAGCGCCGUUAUCCUCAACGUUUACCGUUACGUUAUACGUCAGCCAAGCAGCAGCAGCAUAAUAAAAACUAGAACAACGAGUAAGCCAAGCUGACAGCGAGUGUAGCCAAAGGUAGCGAGUGCAGCAAGUGGCCCAAAGUAGAGCUUGAGCGAAGUAACCAACGCCAUGCCCAGCACGGCAGGCAGUGCAGCCGGCGUCGCCGUUGGCGCACUUAUCAAUAGCGCCGGCAGCAGCGCCAGCAUGGGCAUUGGCGUUGGCGGCGGCAGCGGCGGCGGCGGCGGCAGCAGCAUUGGAAACGGCGGCGGCGUCGCAUCGGGUACGCUGAUAGCACAGAGCACGGCGGGCACUAGCGCCGCCAGCGGCACCAUACCCUGGGACAACAAUGGCACACUGCGCUCCAUAAAUCCCGGCGAUUGGUCCAUCGAACAGUGCCUCAUCUGGCAGCAGUCGCAUCAUCUAUACUUUCAACUCGGCUGGGCCUUUCUCUUUCUCGCAUUUCUUGCGCCGCACGGUCCCUUCGGCUCGGUCUGGAUGCGCGCCACUUUGCUGAUUGGCUGCAUCAUGAUGGGCAUGUAUGGCUAUCUCAUCGAAUGCACACCGGAUGUGGUGCUCUGGUCCGGCCUGGGCAUUGCCAUCAACUUUGUCUAUCUAAUCAUUGUGCUCUGUCGGCUGCGUCCAGUGCGUUUCGAUCAGGAAAUUGAAUCGGUUUACGUUGCGCUGUUUCAGCCGCUGCAUGUGACUCGGCAGCAAUUCAGGAAGGUACUGAAUUGCAUGAAGGUCAUACGCGCCCUCAAAUACCAGGAGGUCUAUGCACAGGAGAAGGUCACCAAGGUGGACAGCUUGUCGCUGGUGCUGAGCGGCAAAUUGGUCGUCUCUCAACAUCAGCGUGCAUUGCAUAUUGUGUUUCCUCAUCAGUUCCUAGACUCGCCAGAAUGGUUUGGCGUAUCGACCGAUGACUAUUUUCAGGUAUCUAUUAUGGCCAUGGAGGAGUCGCGUGUGCUUAUCUGGCAUCGCGAUAAGCUAAAGCUAUCCAUAAUGGCCGAACCCUUUUUGCAAACAGUUUUUGAUCACAUUUUAGGACGUGAUGUGGUUAAGAAGCUCAUGCAGGUGACACAGGUGAGCGAAUCGAUAGCCAGCAAUGGUUUCUUGCCUUCGGGCGGCUAUGCGGAGGAUGCUGAGGAUAAGCCAAUGCUGAUUUUAAAGAAGAGCGUCGAUGUGGGUCAUGGACUAACGGCGCUCAUCAAUCGUCAGCUGCAAGAAGAGCAUGUUCCCUUACUUGGUCGCACGUAUAAACACAUAAAGCUGUCCACGUCUACGUCGGAGUUGUCGCCGCCAGGUGUCGCCUUGGCGGAUACCAAUGUUGAUCGCUAAGGAAAAGCAUUACACCAAUACACCAACAUACACACACACAGACACGCAACUAAAAUUGUGUAAGCGCCAAGCAACAACAACAGCAGCAGCAGCAGCAGCAACAAACAAAACUCAACAACAACAACAACUCAACAACAUGCAGCUUAAAAACUCUACAACAAAAACUCUACAUCAAGUCAUCAGUCAUCAUUAAUCAUCGACGCAUUCGCACGCACUUGGCACUAUUUGUAUUUUUUUUUUGUCGGCUCUUAAACUUGGCCCACAACUGUUGCCAGGCACUCACUUGUAAAUUAAACAAAUGAAAUUUUCCAUUUACACCACACACACACACACAGACACACACACACACGCAUGCAUAUGUAUGUUAUUAAAUUAUUGCUAACAAGAUUUUUGAACAUUGAAGCAAAGCAGCAACAAAUUGUGCAAAUUGUAUCGAAUGUCAAUUGGAUACACAUACAUGUGUGUGUGUGUGUGUGUGUGUGUGUGUUUGCGUGAUUUAAUGCUUAAAAGCCAAGUCAUGAACAUCAAGUAAACUUAAAGCACACAUUUGUUUAUAAACAUAGUCUGAGCUGCACUUGUGCUCAAUGCACAUUUCACGAUUUUAAUUAGUGCAAACUGAAACUGCAACUUAAUACGUUUCCGUUUCCGUUUUGUGCAGGCACACACACACACACAUAGACACACGCUUAGUUAUAAGUAUAACUGUUUGUGCAAGCAUUAACAACAACCUUAAUUUAAUUAAGUAUUU